AUGGCGCUGACCUGUAGAAUCACAGAAUUUUCGGGGCUUGUUUCUGGGCUUGCAGAAGCCACCUUCGUGCCAGUGUCCCCAGGCAGUGGGCAGGCUGAGGUGGAUGAUGUCCUCGCUGCCAUCCAACCCACCACCUGCCUGGUUUCCAUCAUGUUGGCCAACAACGAGACCGGGGUCAUCAUGCCUGUGGCCGAGCUGAGCCAGCACCUCCGUGCCCUGAACCAGCGGCGCGCAGGGCAGGGGCUGCCCCGGGUCCUGCUGCACACGGACGCCGCGCAGGCGAUUGGCAAGGGGCGCGUGGACGUGCAGGAGCUGGGGGUAGACUACUUGACCAUCGUGGGACACAAGUUCUACGGCCCGCGGAUCGGCGCUCUAUACGUGCGCGGCCCCGGCACCUCCACCCCCCUGCACCCUCUGCUCUUCGGGGGGGGACAGGAGAGGGGCUUCCGACCAGGCACUGAGAACACCGCGAUGAUUGCUGGCCUCAGCCAGGCUGCAGAGCUGGUGAGCAAGAACUGGGAGGCCUAUGAGGCUCACAUGCGGGACGUUCGGGAUUACCUGGAGGCCAGGCUGGAGGCCUCCUUUGGGAAGCAGAGGAUCCACUUCCACAUUCAGGUCCCCAGCAGACUCCUUGGGGAAGCUUUCUCGUGCUGUGUGUGUGCCCCCGUGGCCUUCGAGCUGACCCCACUGGUCCCUGCCCUGCGUUUCAGGCCCUCCUCGAUUCUGCUCAGCUGUGGGAUCCCCUACGAGGUGGCACAGAACGCCCUGCGGCUGAGCGUGGGGCGAGACACCACCCGUGCAGAUGUGGACAGAGCUGUGCAGGACCUCGUGCAGGCCGUGGCACAGCUGGACCAGGACCAAGCCCCCUAGAGCCCUGGCAUCGCUGCCCAGCCAUCACCCAGGUUCUUGGGGACAGUUUAUAAUAUGCAAGGAAAAAAACACUAACCAAAAUAACUGCUCCCCCAACAAGAUCAUAAGCGCCUGGGAAGAUCCGCAACACAACCAGCUGUAGGACCAUGGCAAUGACGAUCUCCAGGUGCUGCACAGUGCUCACCAAAGCAGGGUGGAACUUGCUCAGGGCAUAGUAGACCCCCAGGAAAGCUGCUGUGGAGCACAGGCAGAUGGCAAGGAGAUAGCUCCAGGUUUCUCCAUCCAGUGGGAUGAUUGGCUCUUGAAGCAAGAACAUGGUGGAUGCUCCCCACACCGUUCCCGUCCAGCUGAAGGUGAACAGCGCUGUCCACAUGCUGACGUUAUCUUUGAUUGAUCUAUAGACUAUCAUGGAGAGAGCAGUG